CGGGUAGUGACAGUGACAACCACUCCUCAGCGAUAUUUUGCUGUAGUGUUAAUCGUCACGUUAGCAACGCGUGAACUGCAAGACAACGUAAAUGCUCAGGAUGAAUGACAUGUUGCCAGUAGUAGUGGUACAUGGGGGGGCGGGUCAUAUCCCGAAGGACCGGUCAGAAAUGUCCACUGCGGGGGUGUGCUCUGCCGCCCGAGCAGGGUACACCAUCCUCCGGGGAGGGGGCAGCAGCAUGUACGCUGUGGUGGAGGCUGUCAGCAUCCUGGAGAAUAACCCCUGUUUCAAUGCAGGGUGUGGGUCAGUGCUGAACAUCAAAGGAGAGGUGGAGAUGGAUGCCAUUGUGAUGGAUGGGUUAACUCUGGGUAGUGGUGCUGUGUCUGCUGUACGCAACAUCGCCAACCCCAUCCAGCUGGCAAGACUGGUCAUGGACAAGACGAGUCACUCAUGUCUGACAGCAGAGGGGGCCAGUCAGUUCGCCCGGUCCAUGGGGGUCCCCGAGGUGUGCCCUGAGUCCCUCAUCACUGAGUACUCCCGCAUGCGCUGGGCAAAGAACCUGGCGCCUGAUGCCAACCCUGUGGAGAGCCAAAUCGGGAAGAUGGGCACGGUUGGAGCAGUGGCAGUGGAUUCGGAGGGCAACAUCUCCUGCGCCACCUCCACCGGGGGGAUGCUGAACAAGAUGGAGGGCCGGGUGGGCGACACACCCUGCAUAGGGUCUGGAGGUUACGCUGACGACCAGGUGGGGGCAGUGUCGACCACAGGCCACGGAGAAGCCAUCAUGAAGGUGACUCUGGCCAGACUCAUCCUCUUCCACAUGGAGCAAGGUCAGUCCGUGGAGGCUGCCAGUGACUUAGGCCUGGCCUACAUGAAGUCCAGAGUCAGUGGUCUGGGGGGUGUUGUGUCGGUGGACCCUCAGGGCCACUGGGCUGCUCGCUUCUCCAGCCUGCAGAUGUCCUGGGCUGCAGCGCAGACAGAGACCCUGCACUACGGCCUGUACGCUGGGGAGCACUUCACCCAGAGCCUGGGGGGGCCCCUCUGACAGGAAGUACAGCACAUAUAGCUUCUAAAUCUUUAGGCUGAGCAUGCACUGAAUAAACAAUAUUUUAACUUUAA